AUCGCUGCGUCCCGGCCCGCUGACUCUCCACCGGACUGAUGCGAGGAGCGGUUCGGCCGUCAGAGCAGCGAGCACUGCGGGGAGCCGCCGACCAUGACGCGCCGGAGCCGCGGCGCGCUGCCUGGACACCCGCGCAGGUUCUAGUGGUUCUGAUUGAUUUGGGUCCAAACUCCGAGCCCCGCUACAAAGUGGCCCGACGGAACCGGAGCAGGCUCCCCGGACACACAGCGAUGGAGGCGCAGCGGAACCGGAGCGGUUCGGACAGCAGCGACCCGGAGAGCGAGUCCCCGGCCCGCAGCCUGCCCUCCCCGCCCACGCAGGCCCAGCAGGCCCACCGAACCACCAACUUCUUCAUCGACAACAUCCUGCGGCCGGACUUUGGCUGCAAGAAGGAUCCGGGUCUGGGCGCGCGGGACCGGGCGCACACAUCCGGGCGGCCGCGCGCUCACCCGCUGCUCAGCAGGCCCAGCCUUCCCGGGACCCCGAACCAGGACUCGAACUGCAGCAGUGACAGCUCCUCGUCCUCCUCCUCGUCGGUACACAGUCCGAAGAAGAGCGACGGCGGCGCCGCGGGGCCCGAGGGCGACGGCGUCAAACCGGAGGAGGGCGGCCAGGACCGGGCCGCGGACGGAACCGCCUCCCCGCUGGCGGCUCUGAAGGGAACCGCGGCGCAGACGCAGGAGAGCCAGCCGCUGCUGUGGCCCGCGUGGGUCUACUGCACCCGGUACUCGGAUCGGCCGUCAUCUGCAGGUCCACGGACGCGGAAACUGAAGAAAUCCAGGAGCGGCCGGGAGGACAAGCGGCCGCGCACGGCCUUCACGGCCGAGCAGCUGCAGCGCCUGCGCGCGGAGUUCCAGGUGAACCGGUACAUCACGGAGCAGCGGCGGCAGGCGCUGGCGCACGAGCUGCACCUGAACGAGUCCCAGAUCAAGAUCUGGUUCCAGAACAAGCGGGCCAAGAUCAAGAAGGCCAGCGGGCUGAAGAACGGGCUCGCGCUGCAGCUGAUGGCGCAGGGCCUCUACAACCACUCCACCACCACCGUGCACGAGGAGCGCGAGGACAGCGACUGACCUGCGCGCGGCGCGGGCUCAGCGCGGGUCCCGGGCGGGCUCAGCUGACCUGCAGCCGAAAAACCAAAGAGUUCUAACAGAUGUGCAGCACGCACGCGCGGCGUGUUCCGCUGGAGCGUGAAGGAGGAGCAUCCCCGUUAAAGACUUUUCUUGGACCAAACGAACUGCCGGAGCGGGCCGAACGCGCGCUCUAUGUUACUGGUUCCGGUUUGGUAAUAAUGGAAUAAGAACACCCGAACAGAACCUCAAGAGACAGCAGAAUAUUCUACAGAACUCGGGCCGGGAGUUCUGAACGGUUCACGUUUACGCACAGAGUUCAGGGGGAAAACUCAAGCGCGCGCCUUCAGAACCUCCUGCACGACUGAUGGGUUCGGUCUGCAGUUCAGGUUCUGGGCCAAGCAGCCUGUUCCGACCCAAAGUAUUACGGUCAUUAUAAGACUGAAUGGAGCCGAUGGGACCCGCAUGGACUGGACCGAGUGGGUCUCCGGUUCUGUACGAAUUUCCAAUAAAGCUUUUGUACUGAGA